AUGGCCUUAAAUUCGACUCUGGAGUACAACACGGACCAGAUCAAACGAGAUGGAAUUAACGAUCCAGCCAUGAAAUAUUUUUAUUUGUUUAACGACCUUGUUAUCAAUCUCUUCUCGAACCGACCGUUUCCUCAAGAAAUCCUGAUUGAUCAGGACUUCAUCAACCUUGAUGUUGUCAAGUCUACACGUAAUAAUCACCAUGCGGUAAGUUUAUUUGGUCUUAACUCAUCGCUUUGUUUUGUUUCAGUGGCUUUUACAUGAGAAGUGGUGGUUGUUAAUGGAAAUUGUUUUAAUUGUUGGAUCUCUAUUUUUUACAUUGGUUUAUAUCUUCUACAAAUGUUGCAUGUGUUGUUGCGGCUCAAACAAAGAGGAAGUUGAUGGUCGUUUCGAUGGCUGUAAAAGAAAUUUCCUCAACUUGAUCUUUCUGGUCUUGGUAACAUUAAAUAUCUUUGCUUCUGUGGCUGUUUUGUUGUGUUCACAGUAUGCGACACUGUCCGUGGAGAAGUUCCCAAGCGUUCUCACAUGGUUUGGCGAUGAUUUAGAGAUGUACAAAAAUUACAACAAUCAGGUAUGUUUACUUAAAGUUAUGUUUUAUGCCGUUUUUAAUUAUUCCUUAUGUAGUUAGCUGAUGAAAUCAUUGAAAACGAUUGGAAAAUCACGAAGGAUGAACUUAAAUCAAGUCUGCAUAAUACGGGUCAUUUGGUGGUAACUCGUCUCUAUGAUAAGGGGUCUAAGGACCUCAUUUCUCAACUCAAUAAGAUUGAUUCAGGUAAUUUUUGUUGCUGGGGCAAUAAUAUUUUUUUGCAGCUACUGUGGAGCUGAUAAAUUUGAACAAUGACCAAGACUUUCUCGAUCUGAUAACGUUUCUUUCGGAAAAUAACACUCAGAUUAUCUUGACCAGUGAACAGACAGUAAGCUCGAUUUUAUUGUUAACGUAAUAUGUAUAGAAUAUGAUCAAACGAUUGCGCAAUGUGUUACCUAAAUUGAGUCAAAUAUCUCAAUUGAAGUCAUUGAAUGAAACCAUUGACAAAUCAGCGAUGAAAAUACAAAUGAAUAUUAAUAGAUAUGUGGAAGGUGAGUGACUUAGUGUCAUUCAUAUGACUAAACUAUAAAAUGAUUUUAGACAUCUCCCAACGAAUUGAUGAGGAAGAUAGCACGAUCCAGGAUGUUCAGCUGAAGAUAAAGAAAGAAUUGGACUCCCUCGACUUUACUGGAAUCCACGAAGAGGCCAAAAGAUUGAGUAAAUUGUUUGAUGAUAACAAACAGUACUUCAACAUUGGGUAAGUCAGUUCUAAUCAGGAUUAGAGACCUUUCUCAGAUGGGCUCUUUUCCUUGGUAUUGCUGCCGUUCUUUUCUUCAUCAGUUUGUGUUUCUUAUUCGGUGUUUUCUACGGAAUAUGUGGCCGUAGAGCCAGUUAUUACAAUGAUGACUGCUGUGUUAGGCCUACUGGGGGCAAGUUUUAUGGAUGGUGAGUUUAAUCGUUUAACUUUUUUAGCUUAGGCUGAUUCAAAAAUUUCCCGCCACACAGCGUUGUCUACUUUUUUGAAAUGAAUCGGACACGGAGUUUUUCGAUUUUUUGGUGGUCGACAUUUACCGAAAUAUGCAGGGAGAAAUUUUUGCAACUUUAGGUGGUAGACUGAAAGAAUUUGCUGUAAUUUGAUGACGCGAUUUAAAUAGGAUAAACCGACACGACCCAACUUUUUGGCUAAGGUUUAGCUGCCUUUACGGCUAUUCCAGACGUCCGACUAGAAUUUCACACAUACACGAAAAACAACUUCUGGAAUGCAUAAAAGCUUUCAGUAAAAAUUCCAACCUUUUGUAUUAGCGGGCCAAACAGCACAAAUCGGCCUGACUCGAUUGCCAAUUCUAAACUGAAUUUGUAAUCAAGGCUGAAAAAUGACCGACUUAGGAUUUUCAGCGCCCAAAAGCGACCUUAGUCUCAUCUUUUAGGACAAUUAAAUGAACUUUUUGAUCAGAUACAAAAAAAUGGGGACAAAACCGUCGUGGGAAUAAAAACGGGACCAAUCGCAAAAAUUACAUUUUGACGUAUAAGUCGACGGAAAGGGCAAUUAAUUUUUUUCACUUUUGGAUAUGUUGUAGAGAAUGUAUGCUAACAGGAUGCCUCCGGAAAUUUUAAAACAAAAAUCUCAAAGUCAACUUUUUUUUCUAUCUCCACGGCUGAUACGUAACCAAAACCCGUGUUUUAAUCAAUAUUUCAGCGGAGUAUCUAUGGCCAUUCUUGUUCUAUUUGUUCUGGCCGUGGUGGCCUCUUCUCUUAUGUUGAUAUUUGCAAAUGCGACUGAUCUCAUCUGUGACACAUGGGAGCAUCCGGAGGACCGCAUGGAAAUGAUUGAUCUCAUCGACCGGAUCACCUACGAAAAGCUUAUUAAUACUCGGACGGAGACAGAUAUGCUUGCGGAAGUUUUGGGGAAGAAAACGAACAUCAAGAAGCUGAUCAAGGGGUGCAGAAAUGGCACCACCUUUGUUCAGAUGCUCGGAAUCCGCGAUCGUUACAAAAGUUUCUCGCUUUUCAAUGAUAAGGUUGAUGAGUUCUCAAAGUUGGGGGACAAUAUCCGCAAUUCAUUUGAGUCCGAUAUCGAGAAAGUGGAUCUCAAUGUGACCGAGAUCGAACAUAAUAUCUCUCAGUUGAAGGCUCUGUCCACCAUCAACCUGACUGUAUGUUAUUUGUUACUGUGUCUUGAAUCAACUUUUGUAGGAAGUCAAGUCGAACCCCAUGUUGAAACCAUAUCUGCCGACAAUUGAAAAGAUUGACAAGGCCUUGAAGAAAUUGUCAUCUCUCCCCAGCCAUGAGUCCCUCGGUUUUGCUCAAAAUACAUUGUCAAAUAAGGAGGAACUCUCCAAAUUUCUGGAUGCAGUGAUUGUCGAGGAGACUAACUCUGUCAAGGGAAUUGUCACCAAAUACUUUUCCCAGCUUCAGGACUCUCUCGAAUCACAAAUAACAAGUUGUGAGCCAAUCUCUCACAUCAUGGAUAAUAUGAGAGUGGCUGUCUGUGAUCAUACUCUGGAUCCCUUGAACGGAAUCUGGAUGUCGUUGGUGAUCAGUGUAGUAUUAUUCAUUCCUUUAAUAAUGAUGGCUAAUACACUCGCUCGGCUUUAUAAUCAUGCUGCACCUUUCACGAAGUAGUAGGUUCUCUUCUCUCGCUUUAUCUUACCUGUCCUAGCACUGUUCAUGAGCCUCAUACAGAAGCCGCUUUCACUACUGACGAUUACGCAAUGACGAUGAAUCCAAACAAGCCGUAAGUUGCCUCCUUCCAAUCACUCCUUCCUUUCAAGAUCAUAUGGGACUAGGAAUUACGGUUAUCAAGAUGUAUAUCCCCCUCCAUAUCUGAACGACCAAUACCGGUAUCGAUAUUAA